CUUUCCAGCUACUUUAUUAAGAUUUAACAUACAUACAGUGCAAUUCGCCACAAUUCAGUGGCUUUUAGUAUAUUCAGUUAUGCAUCAGUCACCACAAUUUUAGAAUAUUUCCCUUAUCCCAAAGAACAAUGGCAGUGGUCAGCUGUCACUCUUGUCUUGCCCUAGGGACCCAACCUCUUAACCUAUUACUGUAUAUAGAUAGGCUUAUUCUGGAAAUUUCAGAAUGAAAUAACAAUUAGUGGCCCAUUGUCUUUGAGUUAGUGUUUUCAGGGUUCAUUAUAUAGCGUGUAUCUACUUUGUUAAUGAGUAAUUUGAAUAUACUAUUUAAUCAGUUGGACGUUUGGGGCACUUUUAAAAAGCUAAUGCAAAUAGUGCGUCCGUGAACCUUUGUGUAUGUUUUCGCGUGGACACGUUCUCAUUUCUUGGGUAUUUGCCAAGAAUGGAAUUGCUGGAUAAUCCUGGUAACUGCCAGACAUUUCUAAAGUGAUUAUGCCAUUUACAGCCCCACUGGCAGUGUGUAGGGGUUCCGGUCAAACCUUAAAGUAGACAAUUUACCCCGCCCUUGAAUUUAAGACCCUUUUAAGUAGGAGAGUGAAUGGCUUACGCACAGCUGCAUUCGAAAAUGGCCUCGCUCUUUCGUGCGAGUGGAAUAACUUUCCCUAUUGGGAUGAACCACCGGAACGCGCGUAAUUCUUCCCUAGGUCAAUAUUUGAGUUUUGCGGGACAGGAAAGCCCAGCGUUUCCGCGUCUCCAGCCGCCUUGAAGUUUUCGAGGCCGCGCCCAGUAUCCGCCCCGGCGUCACCGUUACGUCCCGCUUGUGCGACGUCAGGCUGACGCAGGCACGUCUUUGUCGGCCCCUUCUGCGGUGUCCAUUGGCUCGGCUGGGGCGCAUCCCUCCCUCCGGAAGUGCGGACAUUUCUUUUGGGGCUUGGUGGUCUCGGUUCAGGAGCUCAAGUCUGGGACAAUGGUGUGCAUUCCUUGUAUCGUCAUUCCAAUUCUGCUCUGGGUCUACAAAAAGUUCCUUGAGCCAUACAUAUACCCUCUGAUUUCCCCCUUCAUUAGUCGUAUGUGGCCUAGAAAAGCUGUACAAGAAUCCAAUGAUAAAAGCAAAGGCAAAGUAGGCUAUCAGGGUGCAGACAUAAAUGGAUUACCAACAAAAGGACCAACAGAAAUCUCUGAUAAAAAGAAAGACUAAAGUGAUUGUCUCAGAGGACCUCAUUGUUUUCAAAAUGGACCUGAUAAUCUGAAGCACCUUUUUUGUAAUUGUCUCUGACCUUUUUCUCUUAGACCAGAAUCUGGGACAGAUAGUUUAGCUAUUUACCUGAUACUAAUCAGGAAAUACAUGGUAUUUAUAUUUAAAAUGUAUUUAGUUAUAUUUAAUGAUCUCAUUCUUGAGUUCCUUUUUCAUUAAAAUAGCUUUCAUUUCUAUUAUUGUAGUUUUAAUAAUAUAAAUGAGUAUAAGGUUUGUGCCAGUAGACAUUGUUACUAAAUCUUUACCUAAACAUCCUUGGGCCUCAGGCUUUUGUUCAGGGUCUUCGAAUUUGAGCAGAGUACAUUUUUACUGUGAAACAGUGCAGUGAGAUGUGCAGUGAAAUGAAAGGGAGUUUUUGGAGAUGAUAAUGACUUGAAACAAAGUUAUAAUCACUGCCCAACACAGUGGAGCAGCUUAUCUGCAGUGUAGUAAUAACUUUAUUGAUCUGAGGAAGACAGCAAGCAAAGCCAGGCAAGUAGGGGAAAUUCCUUUGAAAAAAGGAACACCUUUAACUAAAUGUCUAAUGUAUAUUAUAAAAUUAUAAAAUUCUAAUCCUUGUUGCAUCCCUUCUAUUCCUAUAAAAUAUAUUAAAUAUUCAGUUUA